AUGUGGGAUAUCUUUAACUGUUGUUGUCCGUGCGUGUUGGAUCAAACACCUACUUUAAAGGUCAAUGGGUCCAAAUUCCGUAUACUGAAUGUUUUGGGUGAAGGUGGGUUUUCUUUUGUAUACUUAGUGGAGUCAACCAGAAAUAAAUCAAAAUAUGCGUUGAAAAAGGUGAAUUGCUCAUAUAACAACGGAAAUUUUCAACAGACAAUGAAAGAACUAGAAUUUUACCGAGAAUUCAAGUCUCCAUAUAUUAUACACCUUGUGGGCUCAUCAAUCGUACAGGAACCUGAUGGCUCCAAGACAGUAUAUAUACUUCUUCCCUACUUUAAAAAUGGCUCAUUGCAAGAUAUAAUUGACAAAGAUAGUGUUGAUGAAUCGAAUAUUAGUGAGAAUCAGGCCUUACGAUAUUUUGUUGGCAUCUGCCGUGGCUUGAUUGCUAUGCAUAGACAUCAGUUGAGUACCAAUACCAGGAUACGGAUUUCCCAAAACUUUCAAUCUCGCGACCCAUUUACAGAGUUGAGCUCUAAUGAGAUCAAUAGUGGAAAUGGUACGUCAAAUGAUGACUCGGAAGAACGAAAUCCAUUUCUAAGUCACGAAGAAGAAAAUAAUCGAAGAAGCAGUUCGUCUACAAGACCUUUAACAAUUUCAUCAGAGAGCGAUCUAAGCCAAAAUAGUAUUAUUUCUGAGGAUGGCACAGAGCUUUCAGAAACCAUAAGUAUUGCUCACAGAGAUAUCAAACCUGCAAACAUCAUGCUUUCGGAAGAUGGUACAGCAGUACUAUGUGACCUUGGUUCAUGCGAAAAGGUGAACUAUACUAUACAAAGCCAAUCCCAGGCACUUUCAAUUCAAGAAAAUAUUAAUGAACGUUGCACAUUAGCCUACAGGGCACCAGAAUUAAUUGAUGUCAGUUCCGGAGAUAAAAUAACAGAUAAGGUUGAUAUAUGGUCCCUAGGAUGUACUCUGUACGCAUUGCUUUAUGGAUUUUCACCUUUCGAAAGGGAAGAGAUGAGUAAUGGGGCAAACAUGUCUUUGGCGAUAAGUUCUGGUAAGUAUUCCUUCCCGGACUCACCAAUCUAUAGCACUAGUAUUAAAAACCUUAUCAAGUUCUGUAUUGAAGUGGAUCCAUCCAAAAGACCAUCAAUUGAAGACGUUCUCAACAAAGCGCUAGAGGCUCAAAGAUUAAUUGAAGUGAGCACGUGA